AUGGCAACGUCUUUAACACGGGCAUUGCCAAAACCCAAAUACACAGGUGAAAAAGAGGAGAUUCCACAGCAUGCGCAGCAGAGAGGUCCUCGAAUCUUGGGCGCAGGCGCUCUGGACGACACCCAAAUUGUUUUAAAGACUUUGCAGAAGACUGGACCUCCACCAUACGGUAAUCGAACAGGAUGGCGGCCCCGAGGACAGGAAGACUUUGGUGAUGGGGGUGCUUUUCCAGAGAUUCCCGUCGCACAGUAUCCAUUGGAUAUGGGACGUAAAUCUACUUCAUCAAAUAAUGCGCUAGCCCUUCAAGUUGAUGGCGAGGGGAAGGUCAAGUACGAUGCGAUAGCACGACAAGGCCACAACGACAAACGAAUAGUACACGCAUCUUUCAAGGAUCUUAUACCCCUUCGGCAACGAGCUGAUGCGGGAGAUAUUAAUUUAGAUAGACCGAGUGAGGAGGAAGUUGCAGCUUCUACAGAACGGACAAAGAAUGCCUUGGCAACUCUGGUCAGUGGUGCGGUAGCUGCGCAGAAACCCAAGAACGUCAAUGUUGGGGCGAGAAAAGAUCCAACCUACGUCAGAUAUACGCCUGCGAAUCAAAUGGGCGAUAAUUCGAGGAAGAAUGAUCGAAUUAUGAAGAUUGUGGAAAGGCAGCAGGACCCUAUGGAACCUCCCAAAUUCAAACAUAAGAAAAUUCCCCGUGGUCCUCCAAGUCCUCCGGCUCCAGUCAUGCAUUCGCCCCCUCGGAAAUUAACAGCAGAGGAUCAAGAAGCUUGGAAGAUACCUCCGCCGGUCUCGAAUUGGAAAAACCCCAAGGGCUACACGGUUCCACUUGACAAAAGAUUAGCUGCAGAUGGAAGGGGACUGCAGGAUGUCACUAUAAAUGAUAAAUUUGCACAAUUUGCAGAAGCUCUUUUCACGGCAGACAGACAUGCGCGAGAGGAGGUCAAACAGAGAGCACUGAUGCAGCAAAGGCUGGCAGAGAAGGAGAAGGCACAAAAAGAAGAUCAUCUGCGUAUGUUAGCACAGAAGGCGCGAGAGGAGAGAGCCGGGGCCGGCGCUGGGUCCAGAAGACGAGACUCGAGGUCAUCAAGGUCACGUUCAGGGAGCUACAGUGAUUCUGAUUCUGAGCGAUCCAAUAGCGAUGACGAGGAACUCAGAGAGCGAGAAAAGAUGCGUCAAGAAAAGCGCAGAGAUGAAGAACGAAAAUUACGACAGUCGCGCAUGGGAACUGAAAGGAGAAUUCAAAUGAUGGCACGAGAGCAGAAUCGAGACAUUUCGGAAAAGGUCGCCUUAGGCUUGGCAAAGCCUACUCAGUCAGCGGAAACCAUGUUUGAUUCCAGAUUAUUCAACCGGACGAGUGGCUUCGAUAGUGGAUUCAACGAGGAUCAAGCAUAUGACAAACCCCUUUUCGCGGCUCAAGAUGCUAUCAGCAGUAUUUAUCGACCACGGCAAAAUAUGGAUGAUGACGAUGAUGAGGCGGCAGCUGAAGGUGAGAUGGCGAAGAUACAGAAAAGUAAUAGAUUUGGUGAUGCCCUUGGUAAAGGGACCUUUAAAGGUGCAGCAGAUGUUGAGGCGAGAGAGGGCCCGGUGCAGUUUGAGAAGGAUACUGGGGACGUUUUCAACGUUGAUGAUUUCCUGAACAAGGUCGGUGAAAGCUCUAAUAAAAGAGAGUACGGGUUACAGGAAGGCGAGGAAAGGUCACACAAACGGGCGAGAAUGGAUGAGGAUGAUGAUUAG